AUGGACGGCAAGCGUCUAGGGUCCGAGGACGGUGGCUGUAACUCCUCUGCCACACCCAAACGGCAACGAACGCUUCUUGGCAACUGGGAUAGCGAGACUCGAUGGUCAAUAGAUGAUAUCCCGCUAGAGUAUCACCGUUAUACAGUCGCGUGGAUAUGCGCGUUGUCUACCGAGCUGGUAGCUGCGGAAGCCAUGCUAGACGAGAAGCACGACACUCUCACUUCUGGCGCUUUCUAUGGCAACUCCUACACGAUCGACACCAACACCUACACGCUGGGAAGUAUUGAAGGCCAUAACGUUAUCAUCACAUGCCUGCCAGCGGACCAAUAUGGCACCAAUACUGCGGCGAACGUGGUGACCAACUUAGUCCGUACCUUUCCGUCAACUCGGCUAGCAUUGAUGGUCGGCAUUGGAGGUGGCGUCCCAAACAGUGCUAGGGAUAUUCGGCUGGGUGACGUUAUUGUUGGUACGAGAACGAUGCAAUACGACUUAGGAAAGAUUGUCGCAGGUGUCGAGAUUCAACGCACAGCAAUUGCUAGGACUCUUCACCACUCCUUUGGCAAAGCCAUCACAGUCUUGAGAGCGAAACACGAUCGAGUUCCCAGCCAAGUUCCCUCGAUUCUCAAAGAAAGACGCACGCGAUCGGACACCGACCCUGUCAUCCACUACGGAGCGAUUGCGUCCGGCAACCAAGUUAUGAAGAAUUCCGCUGAGAGGGACAUUGCUGCUCGUUCCCUUGACGUUGUAUGUUUCGAAAUGGAGGCUGCUGGAAUCAUGGACGUUGUUCCUUGCCUACCAAUACGCGGAAUCUGCGACUAUGCGGAUUCUCACAAGAACAAAAUCUGGCAGAGAUACGCCGCAGCUGCGGCGGCAGCAUGCGCCAGAGAGAUACUCUCCGUACUUCCAUCGGCCGACUAUCAGACACGAGCUGGUCCUCGUCUUGAAUUUCCUCGAGCCCUACCGGACCAGCAUCAAAGACAGGCGCAGCUUCUGCAAACUCUCAAGUUUGAUCAAAUGGACUCCCGCAAACCUACUGUCAAAAGAGCACAUGUUAAGACAUGCACAUGGUUCAUCAAACAUCCAGAUUUCCAAAUAUGGCUGAACGAAGACGAGCUAAAGUUGCACCACGGGCUUCUUUGGAUUCGCGGCAAGCCGGGCGCGGGAAAGCCAACAAUCAUGAAAUUUGCCUUGUCGAAAAUGCAAAAGGACCCUCAUUGGUCUCCACUUGUCAAUUCGUUCUUCUUCAAUGCCCGAGGCGAAUAUUUGGAAAGAUCGAUCGAAGGCAUGUACCGUUCUUUACUAUUGCAGCUUUUUCAAGGGUACCCUCAGCUCCGAUCUGUACUUAACGAACUGUACUCAACUCAACAAGAGUAUGAGGUUUGUCCAAGCUUAGAAAUCCUGAAGGGUAUGUUCUCUGAAGCUAUCCUCGGCCUUGGCCAGCUUCGGUUGACUUGCUUCAUCGAUGCUCUGGACGAGUGCGACGAGCAACAAGUCACAGACAUGGUCCGAGACUUUGAAGACUUGGCAGAGGACGCAUCAACAGAAGGGAUUGCGUUUCGAAUUUGCUUUUCCAGUCGUCACUAUCCAUUGUCGUCAAAGGGGGGCGACAAUGACCCUCGUAAAUCAGCCAGUCGUCUCCGGUUCAACAAUCCUUCUCUUGUCGAAGAACUGCAGACAGAAAUACUCCAAAAGGCUGCGGGCGUGUUUCUCUGGAUCAUACUAGUUGCUGACAUCCUCAAUACAGAGUAUUCGCAGGGUGGGCUGGCCUUGAAAAAAAGGCUUGUUGAGAUACCGAGCGACCUGGGCGCCCUGUUCAAGAAUAUCCUAACGCGUGAUAGCAAGAAAACGGAACACUUGGUUUUGUGCGUCAUCUGGAUUCUCUGUGCCAAACGACCUUUAAAACCAAGAGAGUUUUACCAUGCACUUUGGUCUGGUCUAUCUCAGAACGACCUCGUUGACCCCGAUCCUCCAAACGUCACUAGCCCAGAAGACGAAGAUAGCGCCACAAGAUGCGUAAUUGGUUUCUCUAAGGGGUUGGCUGAAAUCACCAAAUCUACGCAGCCAACGGUCCACUUCAUACAUGAGUCUGUCAGAGACUAUCUUCUCAAAGCUGGUGGGCUUGCGGAACUGUGGCCUGAUCUAGGCUUUGACUGGGAGCUCUCAAGUCAUGAAAAUUUGAAAACCUGCUGCACCAAGAUCCGUCGCUACGGACCUCAAGCGAGCUUUGCCUACAUAUUCUCAGAAAUGGACUGCUCAAGGCUCAUUCGCACGAUACCAAAUAGAAAUUGUGAACGCCAUUCUGAGGACCGAUACAACUAUCCAUUGUUUGCUGCUUUGGCCAAUAGGAACUACAACUCGGUCGCCGCGCUCUCUGGGAUGCCGUCCGUGAUCUACAUUGGAACGAAUAUUAUGGAAGGCAUGACACACAGGAGGGACUUUUCGGACUUCAAGCAAAGAACGCCAUUGUCUUGGGCUGCACAAGAUGUCCGGCUCGAAAUGGUCAAGCUUCUCCUCCGAGCCGGCUAUAAUGUGAAUGAAUCUGACUAUGGUGGAUACACCCCACUGCACCGGGCUGCCGAGCAAGUUUCUCAUAUGGAAUGGGGCAAAUAUCGACCAGGCGGGCAAACGUAUGCGUACGCCUCUGUUUCUUGCUGUUGUGCAUGGUCGGGAGCGACAGUAAAAAUUCUCCUUGAGUAUAACGCCACUGCCAACGCGAGGAGCGACAAGAAUUCCUCUUCACCGUUUUACGAAGCCUCAAAGGCAGGCUGGAGGGUUGACCCGCCAGAAGCAAUUGUCAAGCUUCUCAUCGAAAAUGGAGCAAAUGUGAAUUCCAGAUGCGACAAUGACGAUACGGCAUUACACGCAGCUUCUUCAGCAGGCGAUGAGAGAAUUACCAAGUUUCUUAUCGAGAAUGGCGCAGAUGUCAACGCUAUAGGUGAUGCUCAAUGGACAGCACUACAUUGCGUUUGCAGCGAAAAUACGACAGAGGAGUUUCUCAUUGAAGAAAGGGGCCCGCAUAGCCUCAGCAUCCUCAACACGCCGGGUGGCCCCGACGCAUCAUCCCAAAAAAUCGACGGAGUCAUCAACAAACUUGUCAUUGAGGCUGAACCAAAUGUCAACAGCGGCUCCCAGCAAGGAGAUUCAGAAUUCAGAUUAGCUUCGUCGUUCAGCUACGAAGAGAUUGUUCGACCUCCAUCGAGAACAAUGCUUAUGCUGAGGCCGUGA